ACCCCCAAUGAUAGAUCCCCUGGACAGAGCUCAAGUUCUCCUCUUCUGUGACCUUUGUCAAAGAGCUGCAUUACAGAGUCAUUGUGAACUUUGUCAGAUUAACCUAUGUAAGGCCUGUGUAGGGGAGCAUCUCUCUGAUUCAUCUGAAAAACACAAAGUUGUACCAUACAAACACAGAAAAUCUACUCCUAACGUUAAUUACUCAAAAUGUCCAAACCACACCCAGAAACAUUGUGAACUUUACUGUGAGAAAUGUGACAUUCCUGUCUGUUCUACCUGCAUCUCCUCUGAUAAACAUAAUGGGCAUAAGUUAACAAAUAUCUUACAGAAUCCCAGCUUUAUAAAAGGAAUUUUAAACAACGAUUUGAAAGAACUAGAAAAAAGAAUAUGUCCUACAUAUGAAGAAAUUGCAUUAGAUUUAAACUCUGAAAAAAUCAAUUUGGAAAAAAAUUAUGAGAAACUGACAACAGCUGUCACCAAACAAGGAGAAGACUGGCACAGAGAAAUUAACAUCAUUGUCAACAAACAGAAAUCUGAAAUUGAUGAAAUGAAAUCUAAACACCUGGCUGUUCUAAAUAAACAGGAAAAAGAAAUCAAACAGAUUACUUCUGAUGUUACACAGUGCAUACUUGAUCUAAAGAAAAUACUGGACUCCAAUGAUGUCUCCCUAACCUCUGCAUACAAUUCAAGGAACGCUGAAUUCAGAGGUUUACCUCCUAAAAUCAAUGUUUCAUUACCAAGUUUCUCUCCUCAUCAGAUCAACACAGAAAAGCUCCAUCAAAUGUUUGGUUCUCUGUCAGCAUUAUCCAUUACAACAGAAGAACAUGGCUACACAAUGAAGACACCAGAAGCUGUAUCCUGUCCUCCAGUCAAACCACUGCUUGAUGAACCAGAGCUCAUCACCACCAUAGACACUGGGUAUUACUUUCUAAAGAGUGUUACCUGUCUCAGUGAUGAAGAAAUCUGGACAUGUGGAGAAGACAAAAUCAUGAAACUUUACAACCUCCAGGGAAAACUACUGAAGUCAAUCCAAACCAAGUCUGGGAAAAUACCAUGUGACAUAGCAGUGACAAGGAGUGGAGAUCUAGUUUAUACUGACCUGGGUACAAGAACUGUAAACAUAGUGAAGAAUGACCAGAUAAAGGAAGUGAUCAGACUACAGGGGUGGAGACCUAACGGUGUCUGUAUUACCUCCUCUGGUGACCUCCUGGUUACCAUGGACAGUGAUGAUAAUAAACAAACAAAAGUUGUCCGUUACUCUGGCUCCACAGAAAAACAAACCAUUCAGUUUGAUAGUGAAGGUAACCCUCUGUAUUCAUCUGGUGACCUUGAAUACAUCAGUGAGAACAAGAACCUGGAUAUCUGUGUGGUUGACUCAGAAGCCCGUGCAGUAGUGGUGGUUAAUCAGGCAGGAAAACCCCGAUUUAGAUACACUGGUCAUCCCUCUAUUACUAAGGGAUCAUUUGAUCCAUUUGGCAUCACAACAGACAGCCAGAGUCAGAUCCUGACAGCAGACUGGGACUACCAAUUUAUCCACAUCCUAGAUCAGGAUGGACAGUUCCUCCGUUACAUUGAUAACUGUGAUCUUCAUUAUCCAUAUGGUUUAUGUGUAGACACCAGAGACAACCUCUUUGUGGCUGAGUUAAACACUGGUGAAGUGAAGAAAAUCAAAUACAUGUAAUCAAUGUGUUUUAAAUAAUGACAUGUUUGUGAUAGAAUAUUUUUCCAGUAGCCAACUUAAUCACAAGAUGUAGUUUAAUUCACUUUCUAGUGUUGAUGUGUGCGCGUGUGUGAAAAUAUUUUCAAUUUUAUCAAUAAGGUAUAAUAUAUAAAUAAAAAAUUAAAUUAUUAAUAACAAUCGUUUCAGAAUUCUACCCAAUAUUUAAAUGAUUUCUCAAUAUAAUAUAACAUAACAUUGGAAGAAAACCAUGUUUAUUUGCAAGCAUGAAGAAAGAAAAAUUAUGUUUAUUUUUCAAAUUGAUCCUGUUUCAUGUACUACACACUGAAGGGUUGUGAUUAUACUGUACUUUUGAUGCAGUUAUAAUAAAAUGCCCUUAGAUCUUAAAUAAAUGUACAUCCUUUUAAUCUAGUUAUAUGUAAUUUAUUUAAGAAGUUUAAUUGACUAAGAUAAAUAUUAACCACUUUA